AUGUCGAACGGUAAAAUGUGUGGAGGAUGUCGGCGCGUCAUAGAGGACAGACGCUUUUUAUACUGCGGCGGUUGUAAACAAUUCUAUGACCUAAACUGUGCAAAUGUAUCAGAACAGCGCUUCUACAACACUUUCACCAAAGAGCACAGAGAGGCAUGGAGAUGUGUGCUUUGCAAGAGUGGACAACCGAAAACCGACAACACUAAUACUCCUGUUCGUGCUGGUGCUGACGGUGUUACGGUUCAGCGUGGAGCUUCAGUAAGGAGUCCUCAACAAUUGGAUAUUAUGUCUAUUGUGGAACAGCCAAUGUCUCUUAACGACACUACUCACAGUAUGAACAUCGAAGUUAUCGACUUUCAAUCUUUUGUGAUGGAGAUGCGCGCUUUUAGACAGGAGAUGCGUGAUGAGAUUAGGUCAAAUCGGUCGAGAAUAGAGCGUCUCAGCGAGACCGUACUUUCCCUGUCGGAUAAGGUUAUCGAGUGCGAAGAUCGUAUUGUGAUGAUGAACGAGCGGAUUAACAGCCUGGAAAACCGCGUUAGUAAGGUGCAAACUGACACCUCACUCGCAGCAUCCGUCGAACAACUGAAAGCGGAAUUGAAUGACCGUGACCAAGAUUUAUUAUUGAACGACGUUGAAAUUUCCUGUAUACACGAACAAAAAGGAGAGGGGCUACUUCAUGUUGUCACAGUUUUGGCGAGUAAACUGGGUGUUAACUUGGCCCCACAAGACAUCGUGAGUGCCACACGCGUUGGUCGGGCGCCUGAGCCGGUGGAAGCUGAAAAGUCGCUCGUAGCCCGCCCGCGCCCCAUCGUGGUUCGGCUGGCGCGUCGCGUUGUGCGUGAUCAAUUGCUGCAGGCGGCGCGUGUCCGCCGGGGUGCCACGACUGAGGGCACAGGACUGCCGGGUACAUCACGCCGCUACUAUAUUAAUGAAAGGUUGACAAAAGCAAACAGGCACCUAUUCCGUCGGACGCGCGAGCUAUGUAGCCGGUUAAACUGGCGAUAUGUGUGGACGAGGGAUGGCCGUAUCUUCGUGCGUCAGUAUUAUGGGAAGGACGCUCCUCGUCUUAGGAUCCGCACGGAGGCUGACCUCGAACGUGUUUUUGGCCGAGACGCGGUUAGUGCUGCUAAUAAUAAUGUAUCUGCCUGA